GGAACAUGGCCGGCGCCGAGGUGAGCAAUGGCCUGAGAGAGGCUUUGAUAGAGAACCUCAACAACAUCUUAUCGCCCCAAGCUGAUGUCCGCCGUGCAGCCGAGGAGCAGAUCCAUGUCCUGGAGGUGACAGAAGAAUUUGGUGUCCACUUAGUAGAGCUGACUCUAGAUCGGAAUGGCCCCCUUCCCAUCCGGCAGUUGGCCUCUGUGCUGCUUAAACAGUAUGUCGAAGCUCAUUGGUGUACGGACUCGGAGAAGUUUAGAGUCACAGAGUGUCCAGAAUAUGCAAAAGCCAAAAUCAAAGAAUUAUUACCACAUGGCCUACAUGAACCCAUCAGUAAAGUCAGAUCCUCGGUAGCAUAUGCAAUAUCUGCCAUUGCCCACUGGGACUGGCCAGAAAAUUGGUGUGGGCUGUUUGACCUGUUGAUGGCAGCCCUCAAGACAGGUGAGGAGGCACCUGUACAUGGUGCAAUGAGAGUCUUGACCGAGUUUUCUCGGGAUCUCACUGAUGAUCAGCACAUACCCCAAGUUGCUCCAGUCAUCCUUCCUGAGAUGUAUCGCAUUUUCUGUGAAGAGGAGAAAUAUGGCAUUAGAACAAGGGUGAGAGCAGUGGAGAUCUUCAGCACCUUAGCCAACCUAAUUUGUAUGAUGGCGAGUAUUAGAAGCUUAGCCAAGACCCUUCUCUACCCGACUCUUCCAGCCUUCACUCAAGCUCUUGUCAAGGGUUUGCAGACCAUGGAUGGUUUCACUUCCGAUUCCGGCCUCAAAAAGGAAAUUCUUAGUGCUCUUACAGUGUUGAUGAAGAACGUACCCAAAAUGGGCCAGUAUCUUGGGGAGGUGCUAGGACCUGUGUGGCAAACCUUAACUUCUAGCGCCGAUACGUAUGUCAACACCACUGUCAAUGCACGAGAAGAUGCUGAUGACCCUGUUGAUUCAGAUGGUGAAGUUCUGGGUUUUGAAAAUUUAGUGUUUACCAUAUUUGAGUUUGUCCAUGCCCUUGUGGAGACGACCAAACACAAACAGAUGGUUAAGCAAGGAAUAGCUGAUUUGAUAUACUACAUCCUUUUAUAUAUGCAAAUAACUGAGGAUCAGAUUGAAAAUUGGAGCAAUAAUCCAGAUGCCUUUGUUGAAGAUGAAGAUGAAGAUAGCUUUGCAUAUUCUGUCAGGAUAUCUGCCCAGGAUCUCCUUCUGGCUUUGUGUCAGGAACUAGCCGAAGACUGUGGCCAGGGCCUUGUUGUGGCUGUGGGCAGGCACCUCGAGCGUGCGACUACCCAGAGGUCAGCUGGGGAUCCUGCGUGGUGGAAAACCCACGAAGCAGUCAUGCUGGCACUUGGGUCUGUGCGUGACCUUAUCCUGGAUCAGGUGGCUAAGGGACAGCUGCAGUUUGACCUCACAAACUUCAUUCAGUCUGUAGUGUUGGCAGACUUGGAUCCUAAUUCAUCUCCCUUCCUGGCUGGCCGAGCCCUGUGGUGUGGAAGUAGAUUUGGCCAAGCCAUAACUCCUGAGAUGUUGGAACAGUUCCUUCAGGCAACAGUGUCUGCUCUCAAAGAUAGUCCUAAUCCCAUCAUUAAGGUUUCUGGUGUCAGAGCUGUGUGGGGAUUUUGUGAGUUUCUAAAAGGCAGUGGCAACCCAGGUGCCCUCCAGCCAUACUUGCCAGCCAUCUUGGAUGGCCUCGUCACGCUUGCCACUCAGGCAUCAUCAGAAGUCCUGUCACUCAUCCUGGAGACUUGCUGCAUUGUUGUUUCUGUGGACUCAAACUUCACAGCAGCCAAUGUUGGUCGGAUCUCCACACUUUGCCUCGCUGUAUUUAUUAAGGCCAAUAAUGACCCUGUCCUGGUAGCCCUUGUACAAGAUGUUGUCCGGGAGCUCUGCCAAAACCCGGGCUGCACCACCACACUCCAGACGAAAUUCAUCCCAACUCUAGCUUCCAUUCUUAAUGCAUCGACAGAUAAAGUCCCCCCAGGUAUGCAGGCUGUGGCAUUAGACAUGUUAGAAGUCAUGGUCCGCUCCUCAUCACCUCCACUUGGUGAACCCCUUAUUAACGUAGCCUUUCCUGCGGUCGUCCAGAGAACUCUAAACACCGAUGAUAAUUCAACUCUUCAGAAUGGAGGAGAAUGUUUACGAGCUUAUAUUUCUGUAGCUCCAGAUCAGGUGUUAGCAUAUCAUGAUGCUGAGGGCAGAUCAGGGUUGCAAUAUGUAGUACAAGUAGCCUCACAGCUCUUAUCACCAGCCACUAGUGAACACACAGCCACUUUUGUGGGCCGCCUCAUUACCGUCCUUAUCCGAAGAGCAGGUGACCACUUAGAUAACCUGGACCUUCUUCUCAGAGCUGUCCUUAGUAAACUUCAGGGUGCAGAGAGUUUAACAGUUGUGCAAAACCUGGUGCUGGUGUAUGCUCAGCUAGUCCACUCACAGUUGGAUGGGGUGUUGAAUUUCCUGGCGGGGUUCUGGCCCUCAGGACAGUCGGCUCUUCAUUUCGUUCUCACUCAGUGGUGCUCCAAACAGCAUCUCUUCUUCGGUGCAUAUGAAGGAAAGGUUAGUGCAGUUGCCCUGGCUAAACUACUGGAGCAUGGUGUGACAUCAAAUGAUACCAGAUUGCAAGACAUCAUUGUUCAAGGAGAUCAGGUGUGUUCAAUAACUAACUUUCCCUUGUGACAGUGUUUUUAUU